UUCAUGAUCGGGCAGGACUUCAGGGUUUCACCAGCCCCGUCCAAUUAAUUUGCCCUGCUGCUAUUCUUAUCGCACCGCCUUUCUGCCGGCUGAGACACGCUGCCCCACGCCUGCAAUUAAUCUGGCGCCUCCGCAACACCUUCGAUUGCGCGCGCACACCAUGGCCCAUUUUUGCGUCGUCUAAACGGAGCGUUCGCUCGGAUACAAGCACCCUGUGUGCUUUGGAGCGCUGAACUCACCAUGCCCCCCUCCACCGUUUUCUCCUACUGGCGUCGCGACCAUCGCCGAUCGAGUGCGUCUCCUGUCUCGUCCGCCCAGCCCACGCCGCCCAUCGCCUCGUCGACGAGAAGCGCCAGCAAUCCGCCGCAGCUGCCGGUCAUCCCCAACACUGCUGCUCUGCCGACGACGUUCGGGACCUCGUCUGCUACGGCCGAUGGCUCGAGUCCCCAGGGCUGGGGCGACUUUCUGCCCGACUUCGACGCGGGCAAGACGAACGUCGCCGUCUCCGCGACCAGCGUCAAUGCGCCCUCGUCUUCGUCGACCAACCUGGCCGUGCCGUCCGCCGCCUCGGAAAAUAACGUUCGACCUCACUCGAGCCCGGAAGAAUGCGAUCGAGACCCCUCCAUUACCUCUCAAUCGAACUCCUCGCAGCCGUCUGUCACGGCCCCGCGUCCUGAAUACGCCGAUAGCGAGUCGUCCAAACCGAACUCGCCGUUCCGACGAUCAUUUGGCAAGGGGUUUUUGAAUCACACGCCGUCCUCCGAUAACCAGUCGAAACGCUUGUCGACCCCCGGAAUCGCCCAUUCAAGCCCUUUCCGACUGAGAGCCUCUCCCGAUGACUCGCCGGCGGAGAAAACAGCCGCGUUGCAGAAGGAGAGCCGAUUCGAGACCGCAAGCCAUCGACGUCAAAUCGACCGAGAUGUCCCGGCGGAUCAGACCAACCACCACAAAUCCGGGAAGACCAGACUACACCUAUUGAACCCCAUGUCUCUUUUGGCCCGCAGGCGCUCGUCUCAGAUUGCCACGUCGCGGACGGAGGACGUGAAAAUUGGGGCUCGCAAUCUCGUGCCAGCCAUUCCCGACGACUACGAUCCUCGAAUCCGCGGAAGCAUCGUCCACGACUUCUCUGCCCCUCGACCCCGUCGAAACGUAUCAGCUGCACCCGUGCUUCUGCGCGAAGCCACGAGCCGCAACUCGAGCGAUCAACCCCGGCCCACGAACGGGACCCAGAGACAUGUUAGCGAUCAGAUCGUGCCGACCAGCGAGCAGAACAAACGGCACAGUGAAUAUUCGCCGGCCUUCAAGGAGCAUUUCGAGGAUGAUCAGCGAGCGCUGCAGGUUGAGAACAAGGGCUACCUCCAAUCUUCAUUACUGACGAACCCGCCCCCUCGCGAUAAUGACGCGCAGUCUCUUCCCGUCUUUGCCCGGAAUUUACCCACCAAGCUACCGGAGCAAGACGAAAAGCCCGAUGGCCCUCCACCGAGAGAAAGCCCGCAACCGCCGCCGAGCAGCGAGCCCGCAGAUGUCCCGCAAGAUUCGGACACGAUCGAGUUUGUGCCCCAUCAGCCAUCGGGCCUACCCAAGCACCUCAAAAGCAAUGCCUCCCGGUUCAGUUUCGAUAUGAACGGCGUCGAGUCCUCAACGCAAGAGAAGCUCCUGGAGGAAAAGCACAAGGAGAAGGAGGCUGCGCGAAGAGCGAAGGCUCGGUUGGAAGACCCGGAAUUCAGUGACGGGGAGGACGACUAUGACAACGAGCUCUUGGAUGACCUGGACGAUUUGGAAGAGAAGAUCCCGGGUGUAAACGUCGAUGCAGACGAGGACGACCAGUUCAGUGGCUUCUCGGGCCCUGGCGAUAUCCUGAACAAGUCUUGGCUCGCCCCUGGCCUGUCUCCAGUUAUUGCAAGUCCCAUCAGCCCGAAUACCCCAAGUUUACCAACUACCACGCAAGGGCAAAGCGAUCCAGCUCCUGCGCCGGAAUUGAACGACAGCGAGGAUCUCACCGCGGGUCUUUCGGCGUCGUCGGAAGAACCGGUCGAGAUUCCGCCGCCGCUCCAGCCGUCGAAGUCUCCGGCACAGGUGCCGCAGAUACCAACGAAGCCUCCUCCGAAUGCGACUCAGUUCCUUGAUGAUGACGACGAUCUUUACUUUGAUGACGGAGAAUUUGGUGAUCUCACGGCUGACGUUGGAGGCGAGGGAUUCGAUGAAUCGAUCUUCGACGACGAAACAAGUCACCUCUAUGACCGAAAGCGGACUUCCGAACGCGCCGCUGCGGCCUCUCAGCAGGAGCCGGAGAAAAAGGAUGAUUUAAAAGAUGCACUGUCAUCUCUUAAUGAUCUCAGUCUGGAAACGGGCCCGAAUGGCGGGCUUAAACAUGUUCCCAGUAUGGCUAGUGAGUACCAGCCGGGCUCCCGGAAGUACUCUCAUGUCCCGCAGGAUGUGCAAAAUGCGGGAUCGGCCAAAUCCCAAGGGGGUGUGCUGUCCGAGCACAAUCUUGAAGCUCUACAUAACGCGCUAGCAAAAGCGGCCCACCAAACAACCGCCGACGACCGGUUCGACCGUAAUGUGAGCGUGAGCGAGCGGUCGUUGAACCAGGAAGAUGUGGACCAGCCGAUGAGUCCCCAACCAGGUCUUGUGUCGGACGACAGCCACUUCAAUCAGUCGGUCGACAUGGUCAGUUUCGAGCAGGGGUUCGAAGACUUUGAUUAUGAUGAUAACGAUGCGUCCUUCUACGACGACCCGAUCAUCGCCGCCGCCAAUGCAGAGGCCCUAGAAAAUGACGACGAAGGAUUCUACGGGCAAGAGUUUGGGUUCUACGCGCAGGCCCAUGGCAACGGAGAGCUGACCAACGGUGGAUAUUUCGGACCUCGUGGUGUCGAAGGAAUCACUCGCAGCUUCAGCAGCCGGGGAAAAUUCCGGGAACCUAGCCUGACGCCUAUCACCGAGCGCAGCGAGCUCGGAAGUACGCGCAAUUCCAUGAUAUCUGUCUCCGCCCACGGAGCCGCGCACUCGAACCCUCUCAGCCCCGGGCUGGCCCAACUGGUCGAUCUCGGAAAUCUCGAGGACGAGAUCUCCCUCAGUGCGCUCAUGCGACUCCGUCGGGGAGCCUGGGGAGGCAGCAACGGCAGCUUGCGCAGCAGCAGCGGAAGCCCUCCUCCCAAUCUCCAGACCGCGUCGAAUCGCGCCAGCUUCACCGGACUUUCGGACGUGAGUCCCACCGUCUACAAUGCCCCUCCGGACCUGUUCGGUGGCUCCAGCGCAACCGAGUCACCUAUCCGGGAAUCCUCCAAGGGCGCAUUUACCUAGGAACGGGACCGUCACACCCCCUCGCUCCAUAGAAACCCCGGGGAGAGUUGAUCAGGGGGGUGUAAAUAUACACAUUGAUAUAUAUAUAUAUACAGGGCACUUUGUUUCUUCUAUCUGUUGUCUUUUACGUGUUGUGUUUACUUGAUAUCCGCCCAUUCUUCUGCUUAAUGUUUUAUCUCUUCUCUCGUGCCAUAGGAGAAGCCCGUGAUCUGUACCAUCUGAUUGAUACGAUAUAAUGAGUUGACGCCGCUUGUUUGAGCAAAUUCCGGGAGGCAAGACAGUGUGUUUUCCUCGUGAUUGUGGUUUUUGAUUCCCUAGAGAUGUGUUUUCAAUGCAGUGUUCAGGCAUC